CCUACUGAGCAGUAGAGACAGAGACUAAUUCUGGCCACUGAACCCGGGGUAACGUGUGUGAUCAUCAUUGUCACCUCACAAUGGCAGCUCGUGUGUUGGAAGCUGAUCUCAGUUCCGCGUGGUGACCGAGGUUGAAACACAAUGGAUUGUGUCAGUCUGGAAGGAGCUUCCUGUGACUACUAACACCUUUAUUGGCCUUGAUGCUCCCUUCAAUUUAUUGUGUCAUGGACCUAAUACCCUGAAACACCAAAGCCAAAAAAUGUUUGCGGUACAUCUUUUGGCUUUUUACCUUACGAGAAUUAAUGAAGAUCAAGUCAGAAAGGUCGACCGUUUCCUCUACAACAUGCAACUCAGUACUGAACAGCUACGAGACAUCGUGUCUCGAUUUGACAACGAGAUGAGGAAGGGACUUGACGUCAACAGCUAUUCGACGCUGAAGAUGCUGCCGACCUAUGUGAGAACAACCCCUGAUGGGACAGAAAAGGGCGACUUUUUGGCGCUGGAUUUGGGCGGCAGUCGCUUCGAGGUGUUGCGGGUCCGGGUGUCAGAAGACGGGAGGCAGAUGAUACAGACGGAGAGGCUGAUGUACCCGAUGACUGACAAGAUGAAGCAGAGCCAUGCCAACGAGUUAUUCAAAUACAUCGCCGAAUGCCUGGGAGACUUCAUGACGAAGCACGAGAUCAAGAGCAAGCGCUUUCCACUCGGAUUCACCUUCUCCUUCCCCUGCAGGCAAGCCAAACUGGACGAGGCUUAUCUCAUUGCCUGGGAUAAGGAUUUCGAUGUCAAAGGAACUGAAGGAGAGAAUGUGAUCGGACUGUUACGUAAAGCAAUUGAACAACACCAGGGCUAUAACGUGGACGUGCUCGCCCUGGUGAACGACACGGUGGGGACCAUGAUGGCUGGUGGAUUUGACGACCCCUACUGUGAAGUUGGCGUGAUCGUAGGUACCGGGACGAACGCUUGUUACAUGGAGGAGCUGAGUAACAUCGACGCGGUCAACGACAACGAGGGGCGCAUGUGCAUCAACACCGAAUGGGGGGCGUUUGGCGACGACGGGACGUUGGAGAACUUCCAGUCCGAAUUCGAUCAGGAGUUGGACGCCAACAGCCUCAGACCAGGCAAACAGCUGUUUGAGAAAAUGAUUUCGGCACUCUACCUGGGAGAACUUAUAAGACUCAUCCUGGUUAGACUGGUUCAGAACAGUAUGCUGUUCAAAGGGAAGUUUUCGGAGAUACUCCUCAGACAAAAAUCAAUCACCAUUAAGCAAGUGGCUGCCAUCAUGAACCAGAAAUCGGGGUUGGAGAAUGCCAUGCACAUUCUGAUGGAAAUGAAUCUGAGCCCUUCUGCUGAGGACUGCACAGUGGUGCAGCACGUCUGCGUGAUCGUGUGCUUCCGCUCCGCCUGCCUCUGCGCCGCCAGCCUGGCCUCCAUCUUGCUGCGGCUGAAACGGAUCAAGAAAGUGCAGCGGCUGCGAACGACCGUGGGCAUCGACGGGACGGUGUACAGGACCGUGCCGCUGUACGCAAAGAGCUUGCACAAGAUGGUCAGGCACCUGGCCCCGGAGUGCGACGUGCGCUUCAUCCUGGUCGACACGGGCACGGGGAAAGGAGCGGCCAUGGUGACAGCGGUGGCCCACAGGAUCGUUCACCAGCGCAAGUACCAGAACAAGACGCUGGCGCCCCUCAAGCUGUCCCAGGAGCAGCUGCAGAAGGUGAUGCAGCAGAUGCGCACUGAGAUGGAGCAGGGACUGAACAAAGAAACGCACAGCAUGGCCUCGCUGAAGAUGCUGCCCACCUUCAUCCGCAAAUUCCCCGACGGCACCGAAAACGGCAAAUUCCUAGCGCUUGAUUUGGGUGGGACCAACCUCCGAGUGCUGCUUCUGGUGGUGAACGGUCGGAUCAGGCGAACCACACAGAUCUUCCAGAGAAACUAUCCUAUCCCUUUGGAAAUUAUGCAAGGGACGGGUGAAGAGCUGUUUGACUACAUUGUGGAGUGCAUCGUGGAAUUCCUGGACUACAUGGGCAUGAAGUGUGCCCAAUUACACGUGGGAUUCACCUUCUCCUUCCCUUGUGUACAGCAUCAACUGGACGAGGGCAUUCUAGUCAGCUGGACCAAAGGCUUCAAGGCCACUGAUGUGGAAGGACACGACGUCGUUGCCCUAUUGAAAGAGGCUGUUAAAAGACAAGGGGAGCUGAACCUGGAGAUCGUGGUACUCAUGAAUGACACGGUGGGGACCAUGAUGAACUGCGCUUACGAGAACUUCAACUGUGAAAUCGGCCUGAUCGUAGGAACGGGCUCCAACGCCUGCUACAUGGAAGAGAUGAAGAACAUUGAAAUCGUGGAGGGCGAUGAAGGAAGGAUGUGCAUCAACAUAGAGUGGGGAGCCUUCGGCGACAACGGAUGCCUGGACGAUAUCCGGACAACCUUCGACAAACUGGUGGAUAUCAAUUCAGUAAACCCUGGAAAGCAAAGAUACGAGAAAAUGAUCAGCGGCAUGUACCUGGGUGAAAUCGUACGCAACAUACUGAUUAACUUCACCAGACGUGGCCUGUUAUUCAGAGGCCUCAUCUCACAUGUGCUGAAGACUGUCGGCAUUUUUGAGACCAAAUUUCUGUCCGAGAUAGAGAGUGACCGCCUGGCCCUGCUCCAGGUGCGGACCAUCCUCCAGCACCUGGGCCUGGACAGCACGUGCGACGACAGUGUCAUCGUCAAGGAGGUGUGCGGCGUGGUCUCCAGGAGGGCAGCCCAGCUGUGCGGGGCCGGAAUGGCCGCCGUGGUGGACAAGAUACGGGAGAACCGGGGCUUGGACCGCCUGGACAUCAACGUCGGGGUGGACGGAACCCUCUACAAGAUGCACCCUCAUUUCUCCACGAUCCUGAAGGAGACGGUGUUGGAAAUGGCACCAAACUGCAACGUGACCUUCAUCCUUUCUGAAGACGGCAGCGGGAAAGGUGCUGCCCUGGCAUCAGCAACGGUCCAACGAUCCCAGUGAUCCCCAGCCUGCCCGGCAACACAACACAACACAACACUAACAGGGCCCUCCAAACACAUGGCAAACGCCAAACAGGCUGCUUGCAACGUUGCUGACAGUUGACGAUAUACAUUUCUUCCUCAAACGUUUGAAGGUAUAAAAUUAUAACCGCUUUACAAUUGGCUUCAUUCAUCCAAUGCCCCUGUUUUAUUUGCUGCCUCGUAACCGUAUGACCAACUGUGAAGAAAUUCCAUUCCAUCCUGCCCCAUCUUAUGAGAAUCAGUUUUAAUUUAGAUCUCAUUUAUCAAUAGUCCUGAUCAAUUAAGGCUAUGUGUGUGCACCACAAAAAAAAAUGAACAAACGAAUAUUUCUGUAACCGAUUUUGAAUUAAAAUGUGACGCGCCAGCCAAAUUAAAGGCAAAGUGGUCUUUGUUUCU